GGGAUAUCGAACCACACCAAUCUUCCUUAGGUCAAAGAGGCUUCAGAAAAUAGGAAAAAAAAGGACCCUGUGCUUUACACGUUUGUAAUUGCAAAAUAGAAAACAGGAAGAGAUGUCUUGCCCUUUCGACUCCAACUACCCACUGCCAUCUUGCAGGCAACCAGCAAGGAGCAGUUGGAGAAGAUCUCAGCGCUGGGCAUGAUGUUCUGGGAAUCGCCAUUUAACCAGAACCAAGAUACGACAUUCCCGGAAGCCAAGGGUGACGUGUUGGCUGUCAGUCCCACAUCCAGCUUUGAGCUCCUGAAGAAGCAGCCCAUUCCGAUGUGCUCCAUCCAAGUGAUGGCCGAGAAUGGAGCCCUUUUCUUCAUCAACCCUCUGUUCCUGAAGGAGCAUGGGGAUGGAUGGGUCACCAAGAUCCCACUGCAGACUCACGCUUUCAAGCAUUCGCGCCUGGCGACCAGGUGCAAGAAACCCGCAGGGGCCAGCCGUGAAGCAAGUCCCACUUCCCCCCGAAACCAGCAGGAGGCAGCGUUGGGAAAUGCUGUGGAGAGGUCGGAUUCUGGGAAGAGCCUGGAAGAAGAGGAAGCCUUCAAAGGCCCGGGCCCUGACUCAGCGUCGGACAAUAACAUGGCGGCUCUAAGGAGGAAGAACUUCACACGGCAUGCAACCUGGAGCUGGGGGGACGACGCCGACAGCGAGGCCCCAGAAAGCAAGGACACAGAGCAGGAUAGGCCCAGGCCUAGGAGUACCGGCUCAGAGACCAGGCCUCGGAGCAACCGCACACUCCCGGCCCACUACCGGGCUUCCUGGCUGGAAGUGAACGAGCAGGGAAUGGCGCUGCCGCUGACCAAGUCGCACUCGGAGGCCUCUCUGUUCGCCUGCGACAGCCCACCGCUCCCCUCCAUUUCCGAGCUGGACUCGCUGUCCAUCAGCAGCGUGGAGGACGAAAGCGAUGUGGUCAGCGCGCACCAGAAACAGCAGAAGCACCGCUCGAGCGGCCUGUCCGACAAGGUGCGGUACCGCCUGUCAGCCAUGGGCCAUGCGUUCACUGGCCUCGUGUCCGCUGAUCGUCGAGUCCGUAACAAGAUCGAGGAACUGGGCCAGGACAAGGGCUCCUACUUUGGAGGCCUAGUCCAAGGCUUCGUCUCAUACACACGGCAAAACCGGGACAAGUACGCCAGUAGUACCGAGAUGCUACAGGCCAUCUACCACAUGAUCGCCAGCCUCCGAAACUACCUGAGCCAGAGCUCGGAGCUCACUCCCAUCCUGGACCAGGCUGAGCACGAGGAAUGUGACAUAGACGCCUCCAUUGAAAAGGCUUUGCAGAAGUGCAUUCUGAAGCCCCUGAGGGACCACAUUUACUCCUGCCUCCUGGACUUCCACACCAAGGACGGCUCCCUGAAGAAGCUCAGGGACAAGCAGCUGGUGCUGCAGAACCAGAGCCUGGCCGAGCUGGGUGUGUCGGCCCGUGUGCCUGACGCCGCGAGCCUGGAGAAAAUCCAGCAGAGGUUCAACACCAUGCACACGCUCUACUCUCCCUGGAAGAAGGUCAUGCAACUUCUGAAGGCCUGCAAGCUCAUCUACGAAGCCAUGUCUGGGUCAUCAGGGAAGCCCUACGGAGCCGACGACUUUCUACCAGUUCUGACCUACGUCCUGACCAGCAGCAACUUGACCAAUCUCUCGCUCGACGUGGAAUACAUGAUGGAGCUCCUUGACCAGACCCAGCUCCACGGUGAAGGUGGAUACUACUUAACGACGAUGUUUGGUGCACUUUACCACAUCAGCAACUUCCAGCCCCGGCAACUCAUCCGACAGAUGAGCGAUGAUGCUAAGUCAUCGAUACGCCAAUGGAGGACAAGAAGGACGAUACACCAUAACCAAUCAAGAAGACGCUCAGCACAGGAUUUGCUCCACAUCUCUCUACACGAACCUUGUGGAAACCAGGUGCCUGUCUUAGCCCCGGUGCACAUGAGUGUGACGGAGGUGGAGAGGGCGUGUGCUGAGAAGUUUGAUGUGCCAGACCCAGAGAACUACCGGCUCUUCGUGGUCAGAGGCGAAUCCUACCAGCUGCUGGAGGGGGAUACCUGCCCCCAGAAGGUCAAGGAGGAGCUGAAGCAGAAAGGGGAGACUUCGUUCCACUUUGUGUAUGGACUCGAGCACAGAAGCAAACUCGCCCAGACUUCAUCAGAGGAGGAGCAGCCCAUUUCGUGAUGGGUCCCACUCGGGGGUGGGGGUGAGUGGGGGCUGAAUCCAAAGGGAUUCCCUGGGCCGAUAUGCUUUGGAAUUUGAGAGCCGGGGUCACUUGCCGAAGGAUGGUCAUGCUUUUAAGCCACGGCCGCCUGUUUCUGGGCAGAACUGACAGAUCAUAGGAAGACAGCAGGAGGCCAUUCGGCCCCACCACACCAUUCAUGUGGCUGAUAUGUCCCAGGCUCAGUGAAACGCACUGUCUUCCACAAGCCCUUUACGCGGGGAAAAGAUUUCUUUUCUCGCCUUCUCAUUUAUCCCGUGAUGGUCCUCAGUCUGUGAUCCCCUUUCGACGCUGACUCAUCAGCAACUAUUCAAUAUUCAGCGAGUCAAGAACCUUGGAAAACCUCUACGACAUCCCACAGCCAAAAAUGACUAAUGGAUAGGAUGUGGGCAUCACUGGUCGGGCCCAUCCCUAAUUGCCCCUUGAGAAAGGUGGGGCUGAGCUGCCUUCAUGAACCACUGCACUCCAGGUGCUGUAGGAACACCCACACAAAUGCUAGUAGGGAGGGAGUUCCAGGAUUUUGACCCAGCGAUACUGAGGGAUUGGCGAUAUAUUUCCAAGUCAGGAUGGUGAGUGGCUUGGAGGGGAGUUUGUACAGGGUGGCGACCCCAUGCAUCUGCUGCCCUCGUCCACCUGAGGUUUGGAAGGUGUUGUCCUGGUGAAAAGAAGUGAAACAUUUCAGGUCUUAGUAAAAUAGCAACCUCGGGUAUUCUGUUAUCACUACCCUGAAUCUUCCUUAUCCAAAUAUGAAUGGGUCUAAUAUUCUUCCUAAAAUGAAAUACGCUGAUUGGCAGCAAUAUUCCAUCUGUUGGGAAUCCAAAUCUUGUACAAAUCCAAUAGAAGGAUUAGAAUUUUAAAACCAAGGUAUAACUGAAUCAGGAGUUGUGGUCGGUAUGGUAUUGAGUGCGGUGAAUCUGCCUUUGUAUCCCCUAACCAUUUAAAUACAGCAACAGACUUUUAAUUUAUUUGGCUGCUGCUGGAGAUUCCUUUUGUACCAACUUCGCUUUCUCUCAGGAAGCACCAACCAGAACUAACUUUGUAAGUUUUUAUUUACCUCAAAACACUGCUGUAGGCAAACGGAGCUCUGUAGUGAUUAAAUUGUAAAUGGAAAUAAAAGUUUUGAAUUAUA